GGGGGGGGAACUAUCUUGCCGGUCAGUCUCUUCCUUAUGUCUUUGCCUGUCUGCCCGUUACUGUAGUGUACUGGAGAUGCCAAGAUGGCUGCAAGCAAUUACUUCGGCUUCACACAUGGUGCCGGUCCGCAGUACAGUACUCAGCCCCCCCCAGCGUACUCCCACCCCUCCCCGGCCUACAGCGUGCAGCAGCCCCCUGCUGUGGCUCAUGCAGUGACGGCCUCCUACUCUCCGGCCCCGGUGCAGGCGGCCCGGCCGGUGGUCACGGCUCCGUACCCGACCUACCAGACCCACCAGGCCCCCCCCGAGUAUGCCUACAGGCAGCCAGAGCCCCCUGCCCCCCCGCAGCCCACCACCACCCCGCAGACAUACCAGGUCUACCCCGACACGCAGGACAACUACAGCUACGGGCGUCCUGCCGCCGUCACGACCUACGACAACAAGCAGUACUACCAGACGAGUAUUCCUGCCGCUCAGAGGACGCACACAGACAACUACUACCAGACUGUGGGAGUAAAGAGCGCCUACAGUCCGGCCCCCUCCUCGGUGUACAGCCAGCCGCCCCCUCCUCAAAGGCAGGUGACGGCCCUAAAGCCACUGGCCCCGUCGGUCUCUACCAGCUACAACAUCUACCCCGUCUCCACCAGCGUGCAGCAGCCGCCCACCCCCAUCUCCUCCUACACCCUGGGCUCCUCCUUCCCCUCCACUGUGGCCGCCACCACCUACUCAGGCAUUAGCUACUCCAGCUAUGACUCCAGCGGCUACACCUCCACCUCGACCCCCUCCUACUACCAGCCGGCCCAGCAGACGCUCUCCCAGCCGCAGCCCCCUCCCCAGCAGCAGCAGCAGCAGCCCCCCCUGCAGGCGCCUCACAAACAGCUGACCAGCUCUUCCUGGAGCAACUCGGGCAGCAACAUGGUGACGGCUCCGACCGUCAACACCUACAAGAAGCCUCUGAACUACCACCUGAGCCAGAGCAAGCUGCAGAAGCCCAAAGGCCCGCCCAAGCAGCCCCAGCUCCACUACUGCGACAUCUGCAAGAUCAGCUGUGCAGGACCCCAGACGUAUCGGGAGCACCUGGAGGGUCAGAAGCAUAAGAAGAAGGAGGCCGCUCUGAAGUCUGGGGGUCAGACGGGGGGAAGCACCGGACCCCGAGGCGUUCAGACUCAGUUACGCUGCGAGCUGUGUGACGUGGCCUGCACCGGCGUGGACGCGUACGCUGCUCACAUCCGAGGAGCCAAACACCAGAAGGUGGUGAAACUUCACACCAAGCUGGGCAAACCCAUCCCCUCCACUGAGCCGGUGCUGGUGAAUUCAGCUCCAGUUCUCAGCACCUCGACAGCUGGGAAACCCCCCGUCUCCACAGCCUCUGUUGCCCCGGUCUCCACUGCUGCUGCCCACCCUGCCCCCCCCAGACAGCUGGCAGCCAAAGCCACCGCAGCAGCGCCUGUCAAGAGGCCAGCUCCCUCCAAAAUAACUGUCAUCUCCAAUAAGCCGGUCAGCGCUCCAGUGGCUCCUCCUCCGGUUGUGGUUGUUUCUAAGGUGGAGGAGCCGGUGUCAGCUCAGAAGAUGGAGCCUCAGAGCGACGAUGAGGACGGGGACAGAGCUGGAGGACAGGGGGACAUCCAGCCUGUGGGACACGACUACGUGGAGGAGGUCCGAAACGAUGACGGCAAAGUGAUCCGCUUCCACUGUAAACUGUGUGAGUGCAGCUUCAACGACCCCAACGCUAAAGACAUGCACCUGAAGGGAAGGAGGCACCGACUGCAGUACAAGAAGAAGGUGAACCCCGAGCUCCCGGUGGAGAUAAAGCCCAGUAAUCGGGCCCGGAAGCUGCAGGAGAGCAAGCUGAAGAAGCAGAAGCAGAAGGCGUCGCUGAAGAGGCAGCGAGACGACGAGCAGCGCUGGCACAUGGAGAUGAGGUCAGACUCGUGGCCAAAGCGGUACGAGGAGGACAUGUACUGGAGGAGGAUGGAGGAGGAGCAGAUGUACUGGGGGGAGCAGAGGCGCAGGAUGGUGCCCCCCCCACUGAUGAGCCGCCCUGGGAUGCCCGUACCCCCCCUGCUGACCUGUGUGCGUCGACCAGACUCCCCCGAUGACCGGCACAUCAUGGCCAAACACUCCACCAUCUACCCGGUGGAGGAGGAGCUGCAGGCGGUGCAGAGGAUCGUCUCUCACUCCGAGCGGGCGCUGAAGCUGGUGUCUGACUCUCUGCUGGAGAAGGAGGAGCCACCUGUGGAGACUGAAGCUGCUGAGGAAGGAGACGAGAAGGGCACGGAGAACUCUCCUCGGGUCCUGAAAGGAGUGAUGAGAGUAGGCAUCCUGGCUAAAGGCCUGCUUCUUCGCGGGGACAGAAAUGUGGAACUGAUCCUUCUGACGGCUAAGAAACCCACCAUCACUCUGCUGAAGAACAUCGCCAAGAAUCUGCCCAAAGAACUGCAGACAUUUUCUGAAGAUCAGUAUGAGGUGCAGGCUCACCCCGAGGAGGCCAACAUCGUGAUAUUUUCAAGCAAGGAGCCCAAAAUGCAGGUGACCAUUUCUCUCACCUCGCCGCUGAUGAGGGAGGACUCUGCUUCUGAGAAGGACAAGCAGGCAGGAGGAAAAGCGGCUGAGAAAGGUGUGGCUGAGGAGGAGCCCACUGAUCUGCUGAAUAAGAGGAAGUGUCUGGAAAACCUCGCUUCUCUCCGCCAUGCUAAAUGGUUUCAGGCUCGUGCUAACGGGCUGCAGUCCUGUGUGAUCAUCAUCAGAGUGCUGAGGGAUCUAUGUCAGAGAGUUCCCACCUGGGAGAAGAUGCCCGGCUGGGCGAUUGAGCUGCUGGUGGAGAAGGUGAUCAGCAGUGCUUCAGGUCCUCUGAGCCCCGGGGAGGCGAUGCGUCGAGUCUUAGAGAGCAUCUCCACCGGCAUCCUGCUGCCAGACGGCCCGGGGCUGAUGGACCCGUGUGAGAAAGACACCACGGACACUUUGGACACCAUGAUGCUCCAGGCCAGAGAGGAUAUCACAGCUAGCGCACAGCAUGCUCUGCGGCUGCUCGCUUUCCGUCAGAUCCACAAAGUUCUGGGCAUGGAGUCUCUGCCGGCGUCGAAGGCCAGCGCUCGAAACCGCAAACGCAGACGCGACGGCAGCGAGGCGACCGAGGGAGAGGGCGAGGGGAAGAAGGACAAGAAGGAAGACUCUGAGAGCGCUUGACCUCGAGUCCUAGUUUAGAGGCUGGUAGAAUAUCACGACUUGUUAACACGCAGCUAUACACAUAUGAAUAUAACUGACAGUGACAGAGUAAAUCGGUAGAGAAUCCUUCUGUGUUAUGGUGUGCAGAGAUAAAUCACAAACUGAUAAUUGCAUCAUUCCAUUUCAGUAUAACUGCACACACUAAUUACUGUUCAUUUACAACACUUUAAGUAAAUGUUAUAUUGAUAUAUGUGACGUUAAACCAUCAGCACCUUCAGAAGCCUGAUAUCUGGUGCAUGACAUUUUGUCCGCUGUUAAUCAAGACAACAAAUAAGAUUUAGAAGCUUUGACACAUUCACUACCAGAGCUCCUGCUUUUCUUGGAAACAUUGUGGCAUUUAAAGUCCCUGCAUCACAAAAACAAAGCUAACACUAAUUUAACUUCCCCACGUCAUUGAGUUUUUUUUCUUGCGCGGAAGACAGGCGGUCACACUGGAGGAGAGGAUGUUGCAGUCUGUAGCAUGCUGGGGGAAUGAAGCACUUAAAGAAAUGACAAUGCAGCCUGAGGUUUAUCAUUUGAAUAAUAUGCCUAGUAAUCUUUUUUCUUCCAGAGGAGAGAGGAGCUUUAGCCCGACUGAAUAUCUACUGUAACGAUCAAGUAGUCCUGACCUUCUUCCUUGUGCCUGCGUCUUGUAGUGUGUCACACAGUGAGGGGUAAUGACUUGUGUUUUUGUGUUGGAUUGUUAUUGUAAUAUGAUUUCACAGAGAUGUAGGACAGGGAAGCGACAGUUGCACAACUCUUUGGCUUAAAAGUUGAGAGAAAAACCGUUUUAUUAUCGUGCCGUUUUAAGUUUGAUUUUCAUGUAUCGAGAGCAUCACAUAUAUAAGCUUAUUUUAUUUCUGAAGGAUGUCGAUAUCCGUUUUGUAUCGUUUAAAGGAAAGUGUGAACGUUUGCCGUCUUUAUCAUUUGAAUGUCUUUGUAGUAUUGCCUCAAGAAUCAUGGAGAGAUAUUAAAAACACUUUUAAGCCA